CGGUUUCUGAAGGAAUAGCGGGCCUUUCCUUACAGGAUAGGAGGCCAAUACUGCUAAAGUGAACUUCUCCUUUUUCAGUCAGAUCAGAGGCUGCUGCUUAAUAAGAAGCUCGCUGGGGAAGAGACUCUUUAUCUUAUGUCAGCUAAAGGAAUUGCAUUUAGAGUAGUGGUUGACCGACCUCUACUGUAGGGCUUGAGCCCCGUCCUCCUUAGGAUAGACCCCAUCCGCUAAGCUUCAAAAUCUCAUUCCAUCCUGCUGGUGGGAGAUUACGCUAGUUUCAUAUUUAAGAAUGCCCGGGAACUACUACUUCUAGGCCAUUUAAGGCAGCUCAACAUGAAUCAUUAGCAUAAGUAGUGGCCGGAGUCUUGUCUUGAAAAGAUAUCAAUGACUUUAUGCAUUCCAUUCGGGUACUUUAGGUAGGGAGAUCCGACCCCCCGAUUCAUAAUUUCGCCUUGCAUUCGUUCCAACUACAAAGAAUUCCGCGGGAUUAGACACCUUCCCUCCUCCCCUGGCCGAGGCUUUUGGUCUUUUCUUUCAUGCAUGGGAUCUCGAAUCUUUUAUUUCGAUCUCUCGGGUCAUUCUUCUCUAACCUGAUCCGUAUAUGAAUUAGUUAGCUAAAGCUAGCGCUCGGGGCCUUUUCUCUUCCUAAUGUGCUUGAUGAGCCGCUUCGGUUGCAGGCUCUCGCUUCUUUGAAUUGAGAAGAGGUGCCUACUUAGGCCAAUGUUGAGAUCAGACUUCAAGGCAUAGGGCCGUCAGGUGCUUUUAUAGCGCCGCCGGGAUUGAUUAAGGUAAUGGGCUUUCUUGAUUUUUCGCGGUAUAAUAAGAUGGCAUAGAGCUUGAGAAUCCCCAACUGCUUUCUCAAAGAGAAGAUUGGGGGAUGGGAUAUCGUAAUAAUGCAAUGCCUAUCUCUUGCAAGAAAGGCCAAUGAGGUACUUGGGAACUGACCCCUGCGAUUGGAGGAGAGGUUGAAUAAGAUGUUAAAGAAUCGGUUCUUGCUCACGACUCCGGUACCAUUGAUUCUCUUUUACGUAAGGGUAGAAGGGACGAUAGCUUCUGACGAGAGGGAAGGACUGAUUCGGAGUCGGGUGACUAGGGUCUUCCUCAGCGGCUUCUUCAGAGCGGUGGAUUUCCGGUGGGAUGCGGAACUAGCGCUUCAACUCCCAGGCACGAGGGACGAUCAAUCAAUCAAUCCGACAAAAGAAGCGGCGUAGCUUCCUUGCUUACUCCACUUCCGGCAGCACCUUAUAUCGUCCGAAAUGCCCGGGGCCAAAGAUCCCUAACCUGAAUUUCUUUCUCAAUGACUCUUUUCUAAAAGAACCUCGCUUUUCUCAAUUCAACAUUGAUGGGCCACUCAAGGUUAUCUAUAACCUAAGGUUCGCAUCGAAUCGAAAGGGAGACUAUUCCAAUCGAAACUCCUAUCUGGUUCACAGAUAUAGGCCAGAAGCGUGAGCCGUCUAAAGAAAGGCGUAUAUUCGAGUAUUAGAUACCGGAAAAAGGAGUCAGAAAGGCACACCUUAGAGGCUUCUAUUCCGGUUUUUUAGGCGUUAGAGGCCCUAUUCCUCUCCUCAGGGGUUGGGUUCCGCUCUUCCCGUCGAAUUGAUUGAUCAAUGAAACAUCCUUCUUACCCCCUUACGUCAAUCCCAUGAGCUCAGGAGAAUAAUCUGAAGUGACCACCUGAAGCAGAGGUCCCAUCCCUUUCUUCGAGAUGCAAAGGUGACCAGCUUUAGCCAAGCCAUAAAGGCGGAUUCUCUUUCGUUCGGGUGUAUCUCUAUUGUCUCUCCCGGUUGUAAACGAGCAAGGUUCAGGCACCGGGCGGGAGUAGGUAGUCAUUGGUGGGCCAAAUCUCAGGGAAAACGUACCAAUCUAUUUUCCUCUAUCCGGGGCAAUCACUACGAACAUGCGCUAACCUCAUCUACCUACUCGAUCAACCGCUUCUUCGGGCGACGGGGAGGUCCAUCCAAACUAUCUGCUGGUCUGCUCGGAGCGUAACCAUACUUGGAGGAGUUCAUACCCGGCAAUCUCCAUUGGCUUGGUUUCAGUGAGUUCAAGAGAUGAGGCACAGAGUGAGUUCCAUUCCCUUUCCAAACCUUAACUCAACGGGGCACUCAUCUUAUAGGUCGAGUAUCUAUCUCCGAACCUACCCGAAUAGAACAUGAACAAUAGCGGCUUUAGGUUCGGUAGUUUAUGCCAUUCCCUCUCCGGAACCCGUAGUGGAGUUUGAUUCUUUCCCUUCAGCGUACAAAGAGAAUCAAUAAUUUUCUAACCUUACCCGCAGCUUAAUGAGCUCUUUCUGUUGUGAUAGGGUCUUCUUUCGUCUCCUUUGCAUUAACAGUAGAUUCUUUCCUCUCCCACGUCGCUAGCGCUCACGUCGGUAUCCCUCGUUCGUCGUUCUCACUCGUUCGUCACCCGUCGUUCUCACUCGGACCUCUCCCGCUCCUUUCCUUCGUUCCUCGGCCCUCUCCCCAGCAAAAUUACAGUAUUGCGUGAAUGGAAUGAAAAACUACGAAAGAUCUACCCCAAACGAGCCUAUCUUUAGAUACUAUCUCCCUGAAUUACGGUAAAGCUCGCACUUUAGAGUCCCUUUCUUUUAUUCCUGCGCAUGAUCCAAUACUUUAUAUAUAUCUAUUUCGUCAUUCGAUCACUAACACUAAGGUGCGGUCGAGUCUUUGUUGGGGUGGGGAUGGGAUUGCACGAAGAACUCAACUCUAUAGUUCUUCACUUACUACUCGUGGAGGAAGGAGUCUUUUUCUGUGGUUCUUUUUUUUUUCAAAAAAUCAUGCCUCAACUAGAUAAAUUCACUUAUUUUACACAAUUCUUCUGGUUAUGCCUUCUCCUUUUUGUUUUUUAUAUUUCUAUAUGCAAUGAUGGAGAUGGAGUACUUGGGAUUAGCAGAAUUCUAAAACUACGGAACCAACUGCUUUCGCACCGGGGGAAGAAGAUCCUGAGCAAAGACCCUCUGAGUUUGGAAGAUAUCUCGAGAAAAGGUUUGAGCACCGGUCUAUCCUAUAUGUACUCCAGUUUAUUUGAAGUCUCCCAAUGGUGUAAGACCGUCGACUAUUUUGGAAAAAGGAGGAAAAGCACUUUCAUCUCUUCUUUCGGAGAAAUAAGUGGCUCACGAGGAAUGGAAAGAAAGAUUCUCUAUUUGAUCUCGAAGUCCUCAUAUAAGACUUCUUACAGUCGGAUCACUUGUAGGAAUGAAAUAAUGCUCAUCCAUGUUCCACACGGCCAAGGAAGCAUCGUUUUUUAAUCCAAUGAAGAAGAGAUUCUUUCUCGAGGAAUGGAAGGGCAAAUAAGUACGACCGUUAGGGGCGAAGAGCUGAACGAAGGGAAGGGCAUCUGACGAUGGCUCGGUUUUAAAGUGAAAGUCAGGGCAGGGCCAAUAAAAAAAGUAGUCUUUUCCCUAAUAAAGAUGAUGUUUUGUUUUUCAUAGCCAUGAAAAAGUAUAAUGAAGUUGCUGAAAUUCGUAGUACACCAUGUUAGACCUGGUGCUGUAGAUCUUUCGUAGUAUUCGUUUUGAAUCCAUUCACGCAAUACUGUAAUCUGCUGAGGAAGGAGCGAUCAUUAUAGCGACGUGAGAAAGAUAGACUCCUUUUUAAAUCGCCCCGCGGUCUUGAAGGGUUCUCGAGAUUAGAAAGAGUCCAGGCGUGCGGGAAGGGAGCGAGACCAAGCCACUCCUUGUCAGUUCUUCCUUCCUUCCCAUUCUACGCCUGUCAAGUUGAAGAAAUGAAUGCAGCUUCAUUCUUUUUCUGGUUUGGUUGAAAGACCCUUUAGGACCGACUACAAGACGACAACUAUCAAAGGUUGUACGCUCUCUCUGCUCGCGAUUAGAAUUGCUUGCCGAUAAGGUUGGCGAGGGCAUCCGUAAGGGUAGGGCCCCUGAAAAAAGUAAGUUGCCUUUUGAAUAAAGCCAUUCACGUAAUACUAGAAUUUGCUUGGCUCGUUUGGGCAGACUAUAAUAAGUAAGGAUAGGCUCGUUUGGGCCGACUAUAAGGGUAGGGCCCCUGAAACCAAAAAAACAUCAGCAGAAUUUUCUUGCCUUUCCAAUCAAAAAAGUAGUCUUUUCUUUCUACGUUUCAGUUUUGAAUCACGUCUCCAAGUAUACAAUGGUCUUUCCUUUGGGGAAAUACCAUGACGACUCCUCUAAUUCACGACUAGGGCUCGUUUUAUAGUAAGGGAGAGAGAGAAGAGAGAGGGACGUCUGACUCCCAUUAAUCCGCGAUAGCGACGUGGUGAAGUGACAGAUGCUUGACUAUAGUAGGAAGAAGGCACGUGGGAACGAGCGGAGCGGAAGGGUCCUGGGGGGCACUCCUGGGUGGGCGAGGACUGGUCAUUUCAAGGACGAUCAGUCUUGACCGAUAUCGACAUUCUCGCCUACGCCUAUUGCAUAUUAAUGGAGAAGGGGCCAUCUAAUAAUGACAGAAGCCCUGAAAAUCCUGCUGCUAUGGCUUAGAGGGUUAUCCAUUUCAUAGGCGAGGGUGGGGGAGAAGCAAGCCGAACCUCUGAUCGACCCGGACACGUCCAACAUUCUCGGCGUCGAGAGAAAGACGAGAUUCCGUAAGUCACUCUUUUCUUUUGAAGACGGGGGAAAUGAAAGCAGAAUUCGUUA